CUUUUCUCUCCUCCCACUUCAACAUCCUCUUGUAUUCUUUUCUUUUUUUUUGCUUCUUCUUCUUAAACCCCCUUCGAUUCAUCCCCUCCCCUUUGACUCUCCUUGACCUUUUUUUCCUUCCCUUUUUCCACUCUCCCUCCCUUCUUUCUCUUUUUCCUUGCCGAUCUCCAUCCCAUUCCCGCCUGGAAAACCCGCCUCGAUUCUCUCCCUAGCGCAUACACUCCAACUGGCUCCGAUAGUCUUGCGCCCUUUGUCCGUGUCGUCAUGUCCACUCAUGACUACGCGGACCGUCAGUCACAAUCCGUUGCCGAUGCCGUGACCGCGAUGAAGCUGGAGUCUGAUGGAGCUCCCGAUGCUCCGCUUCUCAACGGUGGAGAGGCCACGACGACAAACAAGCCCGAUGGCGACUCCAACGCCGUACCCCCGUCACUGCCCAUGAAGAAUGAGCUGGAAACUCAGGCGGUGGCGAAAUCGCGGUCCGUGUCGCGCACUCCGGUUAAGAAGGAGACAUUGGAAGAUGAACAGGAGAAAGUAACGGUAAACGCGGACGGAGGCGAUGACACGACCGAGACAGAGGAAAAGGUUGGGGGUAACGUCUCUGUGAAAUUGGAACCCGGGCAGCCUCCCAAGUUGUCUCGUAGCUCGUCGCAGAAGGUUGUUGCGCGGCCACCGCAGCUGUAUUCGCAUUUACCGGACAGUACCAAAGAGGCCCAGAGUAUGUUUGAAUUGAUCGAUACCUGUCAGUAUGCGAAUAAGUAUAUGGGGUAUACUGAACAUGGUAUGGAAUGUGAUUGUGUGGAAGAAUGGGAUCCUACUAUCUCGAAAAACGUAGCCUGCGGGGAGGAUUCGGAUUGUAUCAACCGUGCGACGAAGAUUGAGUGCAUGGGUGACUGCGGAUGCGGUCCAGAAUGUCAGAACCAACGAUUCCAGCGAAGAGAAUACGCCCCCGUGUCCGUGAUUAAAACAGAGAAGAAAGGGUAUGGUCUUCGCGCGGAGGCCGACUUGCGACCACACCAGUUUAUCUACGAGUAUGUUGGUGAAGUGAUCAAUGAAGGGCCAUUCCACCGCCGCAUGCGGCAAUACGAUGAGGAAGGAAUUAAACAUUUCUACUUUAUGUCCCUUAGCAAGGGUGAGUUCGUCGAUGCGACUAAACGAGGAAACCUGGGUCGAUUUUGCAACCACUCCUGCAAUCCCAACUGUUAUGUAGACAAGUGGGUUGUUGGAGAAAAGCUUCGCAUGGGUAUUUUUGCGGAGCGGUAUAUCCAAGCUGGAGAGGAACUAGUAUUCAACUAUAAUGUGGAUCGCUACGGCGCGGAUCCUCAACCGUGCUAUUGCGGGGAGCCCAAUUGCACAGGAUUUAUUGGUGGAAAGACCCAGACCGAGCGGGCGACCAAGCUAUCAAAUGCAACAAUCGAGGCUCUUGGUAUUGAGGAUGCGGAAGGCUGGGAUACUGCAGUGGCGAAGCGGCCACGGAAGAAGAAAACGGGUGAGGACGAUGAGGAAUAUGUGGACAGCGUACAGCCCAAAUCACUGGAUGAAAGCGGUGUCACGAAAGUUAUGGCAGCUCUCAUGCAGUGCAAGGAGAAGUGGAUUGCAGUGAAGCUUCUAGGACGUAUCCAGUGUUGCGAGGACGAGCGGGUGCGCAAUCGGGUAGUGAAGAUGCACGGAUAUCAGAUCCUCAACUCUCAACUCACCAUGUGGAAAGAGGAUUUCAACGUCGUGCUGCAGAUUCUCGAUAUCCUCGACAAAUUUCCCCGUCUGACACGGAAUAAAAUUAUUGAUUCUAAGAUUGAGUCGACAAUCCAACCACUCACAGAUUGUGCAGAUACACGGGUUGGGCAGAAAGCUACCACAUUGUUACAAGUCUGGUCAACCCUCGAAGUCGGGUAUCGAAUUCCCCGUAUGAAACGGGACCCCAAUGCUUCCACGCAGGCGGUGAAUCAGUUUGAGCGGCGUGAAAAUGCGCGCGAUGAGCGACGGCGGUCCAAAUCGCGGUCACGCUCGCGCUCGCGGUCAGUGGAGGCACCACGCGGCCCAGCGGCUCAGCAGAAACGAGGCGGAAAUGGUCAGCGGAGCACUCAUCAUCACGGCCCACGGUCGUUUCGCCGACGGUUCGAGCCUCUGCCACAAGGGUGGUUUGCGGCGGAGUCGAAUGGCCGAACGUACUACUACUCAGCCCGGGGAGACACUACAUGGACGCGGCCUACCAAGCCAGCUCCUCAGCCUCCUCCGCCGCCGAAGGAGUCCAGGGACAAAGCACUGCAAGAUAUCAUUGAUGGGAUCAUGAAUGCUAAGGAAAACACGCCCAAGGAGAAGGCCGGUACGCCUGCUACCCCUCAACCGUCUAGGCCAACUCCGGAUAAGAAGGAUGGGCCGGAGAAGUGGAGAAAUUACAGCGAGGAGAAGCAAAAGAAGCUCUACGAGAAUACACUGUAUCCCCACGUGAAGUACGUUGUCGACAAAUUCAAGCAUAAACUUCCAAAAGACGACCUAAAACGAUACGCUAAAGAUGUAGCCAAAAAGCUAGUGAAUUCCGACUUCAAAAACAACCGCGUCACAGACCCUACCAAGAUUGACGAAAAACAGCAAAAGAAAGUGAAAAAGUUUUGCAAAGAGUUCUUCGACAAAGCCGUUAUCAAGCACCGCGCACACGCACAGCGCAAGGCUGAGAAAUCCUCUCAGGAACCCAGCGCAGACCGGAACCCGGGCACGGCCGGUGACCAAAGCGAGGACGAAGCCGAUGCGCUGGACGCGGACGUGGAUGUCAAGAUGUCAGACGACGAGGGAGAUGAUGGGGAGGGAGAGGGCGACAGUAUCGCGGAGAAGGGAGGUUCCGGUCUCAAACGCAAACGAGACGACCUGAGCGCCGGUGGGGAAGGAAUCACAGACGAGUCCACCCCGGCGUCAUCUGUAAAACGGCAACGCUCCUCGACACCUCCCCCACCUCCGCCUCCUCCAGCAAUGAGCCCAGAUGAUGACCCCAGCGGACGUAGCGAUCCAGACGAGGUUGUCCUCGUGGGUAACCCAACACCUCCGCCUCCGCCUCCGCCACCUCCGCAAGGAGAAGCGGGGGACGACGAUACUCCCAUCCCCGAUGCAAACAGCGACGACGACGAGUUUGAAGCAUACAACAGUAGCAGAAUGAACCAAUCUCACAUCAGCAUUGAGGGGAACGUAUAGCAUCCUCCUCCUCCUCCUCCUCCUCCUCCUCCUCCUCCUUCUUUCUUACCCCUCAAUACUACUUACUGUUUGUCCAAAAUAUUCCAAGGCUAGGGAUCGCAUCUACUGGGGUUGAGGAGUUAAUUCCCUUUUUUUUUUUUAGGUAUAUCAUCAUCAUAUCAACCAGGCUGCUCGCUUAUAAUCCUUUUCCUUAUUCUUUCCCCUUCUUCCUUCCUUCCUGACCCUUCAUUCAUUUCGAAUCAGUUUUGUGAGAAACAAAAAUACCCCCUUUCUUUUACUUCUAUAUUUAUAUCUUUUAUCUAUAUCUACUUUUUUUUUAUACCAGAGCAGAGCAGAGCAGCGCAGCGCAGCGCAGAGCAGAAAAAAAAAAUUAAGGAAAGAAAUGGAGGAAAAAGU